GCCACUUGCUUAAGCCAAUUGUAGAUAAAAUGACCUAACUGUCCUAAGAACCUCCCUUCAGCUGUGCUUAAAAGGAGCCAGCGAGCUCCUCCAAGGGUAAUCAUUUUGCCUUUGUGUGGAAUGGAAGGCCCAAGCAUGCUGGCAUAAAUGACCUUUUUGCUAAUUGCAUUCGUGGACGGUGGUCUUUUGUGGGACUUCUCCAGAACACUAACAGGCACAAAUCUAGGAACUGAAGAAAUCACCUAAUGAGUUCCCGGAAUUUUCUUCCCGCAGACUUCUGGGAAAUGUAGUCUUGGGAGCUGUGACAUCACGGGGGGGCCAUCCAGGAAAUCCGCACUUCGCUUUUGGUCAAGACACGUGAGUCUUCCUUAAAGUUAGAAGAGAGUCCUACCCUGCUGUACAUUCCUGUUGCAUCUCUGACAUGGAGGAAAUGCUGUCCUUCUGUGAUGUAGCCAUUGAGUUCUCUGCAGAAGAGAGGGAAUGCCUGGAGCCUGCUCAGUGGAAUUUGUACAGGGAUGUGAUGUUGGAGAACUACAGCAACCUUGAUUUCCUUGGACUUGCUGUGUCUAAGCCACACCUGGUGACAUUUCUGGAGCAAAGACAAGAAUCUUCAGAUGUGAAGAGACAAGCAGCAACCAACGUUCAUUCAGGUGUGUAG